CCUUAUUUUCCUCCCUUUCACCAAGACAUUUCCGCCCAGGUAAUGGAGUCUCGAUAGAACGACGCUUUUUUUUCUGACAGUGCUUGGAAAUACAUCAAGCUAAUUUUCUCCUGUUAAAUUGAAGGAUCUCAAUAGCCUUUCAGACAAGAUGCCGGUCGCCGUCGGACCUUACGGACAAGCUCAACCAGGCUGCUUUGACAGGGUGAAGAUGGGGUUUAUGAUGGGAUUCGCUGUUGGAAUGGCAGCGGGUGCCAUGUUCGGAACCUUUUCCUGUUUGAGGAUUGGGAUGAGAGGAAGAGAACUAAUGGGGGGAGUUGGAAAGACUAUGAUGCAGAGCGGAGGCACGUUUGGCACAUUCAUGUCCAUUGGAAUGGGUAUCCGCUGCUAGAGGCCACCCUGACAUCAUGCAGGACUCUUAAAAAUAAUUUUUUUACUUUUUCCCAAUUCCACUCAGAUAGUAAAAACAAAGAUGCUGGAUGAAAACGGAUUGAAUAAAGACUGUGAUUUAAAACAUCUAUGGCUUUAAGCAAGAAUGACUUGGGCUUGGUCUUCAUCACAAGAGAGGAAGACUGGGCAUUCUGUCUGUCUCAAAGUCUACGCUGCAACUCACUGCUUCAGCCUCUUCCUGAUUGGAAUGAGCUGAGAAAUAUAGACCACAUAGACAGUAGCCUAGACUGUGAGACACACAAAGUGGCGUAUGGGAUUGCAAUAACUCACCUUGUGGUGCUGCAACGUAAGUUCCGUCCAGUGGGUUGACAAUACCAGGGUAGUCUUUGCCAAAUGAGAGGUGUUUGAUUACGUGCGUCAUAUUUAUCUGUGAACCAGAGGAGGCAACCAGAGUCGAGUCAAUCGGUCCAGUGAUUCAACAAGACCAACAAACAUAUUACCGAGAAAACCUGUAUACUCACAUUAUCUAGUCCAAAACUCUGCAGAUCAUGAACUGGAAAAAAAAAUAAAGGAAAAAUAAUUAAUA